CUAAACGGAAGUAGGUACGUGGCCGCUUCAGCUGACAGUCUACAUGAUGGCGACAGAGGUUCAGAGCGGCGACCUCGACAGCGCUACUUCCAGCCGGCUCGAAGUUUCCAUCGAUGGCCUCACCCUCAGUCCCGACCCGGAGGGCGAGCAGGUCCCGGUGGAGGAGCCGGACCCCAGCCCCGAGGAACCGGAGGCCGACACGCCGGGUGCCGCCGCGGAAGGCGAAGAUGGAGAGUCUGCCAAAUCUGCGAUAGAGAGCAAAUGGGGCUUUCCUCUGCAAGAGCUCUACGGAAUGGGCCUUAAAUUCUUCAAAGAUAAAGAUGGCAAGGCCUUCCACCCCACUUACGAGGAGAAGCUUCGAUUGGUAGCUCUGCACAAACAGGUGUUACUGGGCCCUUAUAAUCCAGAUGCUUCACCAGAGGUUGGCUUCUUUGAUGUCCUGGGCAACGACCGCAGAAAAGAGUGGGCCUCUCUGGGCAAUAUGGAGAAGGAGGAUGCCAUGGUGGAGUUUGUAAAGAUGCUGAACAAGUGCUGCACUCUCUUUGCUCCCUACGUCAUCUCACACAAGAUCGAAAAGGAGGAGCAAGAGAGGAGAAGGAAAGAAGAAGAGGAGCGUCAGCGACAGGAAGAGGAGGAGAGGGAGCGACAAAGGCAGGAGGAGGAGAGACGGAGGCUUGAGGAGGAAGAGAGGCUGAGGAGAGAGGAGGAGGAAAGGAGACAAGCAGAUGAAGAGAGACUACGGAUUGAGCAGCAGAAACAACAGAUCAUGGCAGCCUUGAAUGCUCAGACAGCGGUACAGUUUCAACAGUAUGCUGCUCAGCAGUACCCAAACAACCCAGAGCAACAGCUGGGCCUCAUUCGUCAGCUACAGGAGCAGCACUACCAGCAGUAUAUGCAGCAGCUCUACCAGGUCCAGCUGGCCCAGCAACAGGCGGCCUUACAGAAGCAGCAGCAGGCUGAUUCGAUGGUGCAGGGCACUCUGGAAUCAAACUGUUUCAACAGUGGCGAACCCGUCGCCGCCUCAGCAGCAGGGCCACUGUGUGCGGCUUCACCACCUGCAGGCGAAGAAGUUCCUACGGUCAAUGGGGGCCAGUCAGACUCAUACUCAGAAAGCAUGGACCGUGAGCCAGAGCCUGAGCCAGCAGAGGAGGUCUCAGAAAACGGGCCUUUAUUAGCAGACUCCCCACCAGUUAUAGCUGCUCCCUCCAUGUGGACACGGCCACAGAUCAAGGACUUCAAGGAGAAAAUCCGUCAGGACGCAGACAGUGUGAUCACCGUGGGGCGUGGCGAGGUGGUAACAGUGCGCGUGCCCACUCACGAGGAGGGCUCUUACCUGUUCUGGGAGUUUGCCACAGACUAUUAUGACAUCGGCUUCGGAGUCUUCUUCGAGUGGACGGAUGCUGCUUCUGCUUCUGUUAGUGUGCACGUGUCAGAGUCCAGUGAUGAGGACGAGGAAGAUGAAGGUGAUCCUCCCAACGAGGAGGAGAAGGCGAAGAAAGAGGCAGGUAAGCCCCAGGUGGAUGAGAUUGUGCCGGUGUACCGGCGGGACUGUCAUGAGGAGGUGUACGCAGGCAGCCAUCAGUACCCCGGCCGUGGAGUCUACCUGCUCAAGUUUGACAACUCCUAUUCACUUUGGCGCUCAAAGAGUGUCUACUACAGAGUCUACUACACCAGAUAAGCCUGAAUACUGACACAGGGGGAGCCAAGGAGUGUGUAUGUUCAUAUAUAUGUGUGUGUGUUGGUGGAGAUCUGUUUGAUGGCAGCCUGUAUGUGCGUGUGUGUGUUAAGGUGAGUGAUAGCAGAUGUAUUCUGGACAAAACCACCAGAGGGUGACAAAGAGACACACCUGGAGCCUAAUUUUUGAGUUUGGACUGAUAUGUGUGUACUGUGUGGGUGUAUGCGUGUCCCAACAUACACCCAUGCUAGAGCCUGUCAUCGAGCCUUUGGGGGAGGAGUGUGCAUUUGGUUGUAUAUUCACCGCCUGUCCUUGCUAUGCUCACAUAGACCAAGCUGUAGGACUUUUUGCUCUCAUAAUGUAUUUCACCACUCUUUACCCUGGGCUCCUCUUUUGUCACCGCUCCUGCCCGACACUGUCCAACGUGGCCUUGUGGCUGCUUCUGCCCUGAGUGAUGCUUUCAUAACCGUGAAAAGGAAACCCUGCGCUGAGUCCAACACUUUGUGAGCCAGGGUUUCCUGUAUGGUGGCUGUUUAUACCACAGAUGACACAUUGUUGAAAAUCAAAUGAUACUGCAAAUGUUCUUUAUAACACAAUGCCUCUGUUCCAUAGAGAGCUUCUGGUCUUGACCAAGUCUCACUAACGCAUUUUGUACACCAUCCAAAACAAACGUUGUCAUCUUUCUUGUUGUUAAAACUGUUGUCCAUUAUAUUCUCCCAAGUCAUUGUGGAAAGAUAAAGAGCUAAGAGUUUACUUAGUGGACAAAGUGCAAUUUUGGCUUACACAUAAAACAAUGUUCCACCUUUAUUUCUUUAUACAGUCUGUUAGCCACAGUGCACUAGGAGCAUAUUUUUUCUUGUUGGCAAAAUUUAUGAAGGACAUAGUUUAGGAUGAACUCCAAAUGAAGACGCAAGUAUAAACUUUAACUUUUGGCUUUUUGAAAAUCAAAACAACAAAAAUCAAUAAAUAUUUGUUUCCCCAUUCUACGACAGAUUUUUGUGUCAUCCAUGCUGUUUACUAUGUUCCGUUAAAAGCAGUUGCCUCAGUACAUAUUUACAAAAGUGUCCAUGUUCCUAAAUUUACUCCUCGUGACUUCUUACACAAGAUUAUCUACGCUCCUUGCUCAUCAAUUCAAAUGAUAUAUAUUUAAAAAUGGAGCCAGUAUUAAGAUGGAUGUAUAUUGAUAUCACCUGGGAAUUUUUUGUAGUUAUUGUUCUGUGUGUCUAGACACCUAACAAUAAUACAAAUGUCAUGUUUGGAGGUCAUAACACACUGUUACAUCUCUGCAGCUCUCAAAAUACACUGUUGAUGCCGUUUUCUUCCUGUUAUAAAUGAAUUUAUUGUCAUCUCAUCUAAGUUAACAUGAAUAAAGUGAGAUGAUGUAGACUUGUUUUUGUGACGUGGUUGCUUACUUGCUCAGUUUUUACAUCUUAAGUGUGUUCAACUUUUCAUUUGACGUCAAAACUUAAAUCCAUUGUUGCUCAGUUUCACAUUCUUUGUGUACAAAACACCCAGGUGCAUUAUGAACAUUGUGUUCAGCAGGCGUCAGAGACAUUUGGUUUCACUUAAAUUACUCAUUGAGUUGUAUUUGUACAUUUUUGUUUGUGUAUGCAACCAAACUUUAAAGACACAGGUGGAAUAACCUGCAAGUUGAGUACUCUAUUAAUGACCUUGUUAAGUGUUGAUCAUAUAAUUUAAUUAGAGGCCACUCCUGCUUCCAUUCAGUGAUCUAUUUAACAAAUGUCACUACGUAAGGCUUAACCAAGCCAUAAAGUUUAAGAAAGUCACCAUUUGUUCAGAUGUUUAUUAUUCUUUGUUUCUUCUUGCUCGCCAAAUGGUUUGAGCAGACGUGUUCAAGCCUUGUAUGUAAAUAAUUCUAUAAAUGAGUUUAUGUUUGGGUUUUUAAAAGUGGAAGAAGGCUAUGGUUUUUGAGAAUCAAUGCACUGUAAAAUAUGAUGAAUGAGAUUUAUGUAUACAUUUGACCCCGAAUGAAAGUCCAAAAUUCGUAGGAGGUAUAAAACUGUAAGACUCUAUUGACAUGACAGACCGAAAAGCUCAUCCUUUUUGUAUUGUUUUGACCUGUUUGGAUCUCUUAUGAGUUGGAAGGUCUUUUUGGGCAUAUAUUUAAUCUUGAUUAAACUUAUGUUCAUCUCUACAA